AUGCAGAAUCUGCUGCUGCUGCUGCAGCAACAGCAGCAGGAUCGAUUCGCCUGUGGGGCGGAGCAGCAGCAGCAGCAGCAACUCAUGCUGCAGCGCAUGCUAGCUUUGCCAGGGAUGCAGCAGCAGCAUCUGCUGCAGCAGCAGCAGCACAUGUUCAUGCAGCAGCAGCAGUUGAUGAUGGCACACAACAUGGAUCAACAUCUGCAGCAGCAGCAAAAGCUUCUACAGUAUCCAGCUAGGCCCCUCCAGCAGCAGCAGCAACAGCAACAGCAGCAGCAGCAGCACCAGCAGCAGCAGGCCAAAGCAGCACGACCCAAGCAAAAGAAGGACUCAAGACGUCCCCCUAGGAAGCCAACAACAAAGGAAGCAAUGCAGGUAGACCAGCAGCCGCAGCAACAGCAGCAGCAGCAACAACAACAGCAGCCGCAGCAGCAACAGCAGCAGCAGCAGCAACAACAACCGCUGCAGCAGCAGCAACAACCGCUGCAGCAGCAGCAGCCGGAGCUGCAGCAGCAGUCACAAUUGGGAGCAAUAGAAGCAAUAGCAAGAGCAGCAGCAGCAGCAGCAGCAGCAGCAGCAGCAGCAGCAACAGGAUUAGCUCUAGAGGCAGAGCUGAUGGCCUGCCCCCUGUAUAAUAAUAAUGCUGUGCCCCAUAGGGGGCCCCCAGGGGCCCCCCGUAUAGUAAUAAAUAAAUAA